AACGGUGAGCUUGUGUUGACCGGUGUGUUUCUACAAAUAAAGGCGAGGGAGGCAUGCUAACGCAUACGCUGAAAGUAAAUGCUAAUUAGACGACGCUUCUCCGGUUCAACGUGAGCUGUUCAUUUGGAAGACCAAGCUCAUAGUGAUCGUAUCGUGAAAUUUUACCGCUGAAAGAUGAUGAUCAAAAGUUUGCUUUUUGUAACCUUUUUGGCCGCAAUUUCGGCCGGUAACGUUGAUGUGAACCGAGGAAAUGUCGCCCUUGAAACAGUACAUCGCGCAGUUAGAAGCCCACAGCAGAAUAAUUUCCAGGGCUUUCCCAACUUUGCACCCCCCGGUUUCGAUGCAUCCCACAUAGUGUCGCAGAAUACUGAUGUCAGUAAGGACGGAUAUGCCCAAACAACAAUCUACAAAUCCGAAAACGGAAUGGGAUCGUCAUCAACGUCGUUCUCAAAAUCGGGUGCGACAAGGGUAUUCUCCAGUUGCUUCACGGUGGCGCUUUUCCUGUUGGUUUUGAAUUUCGUACGAAACUGAAGCAAUUUGCACAUGCAUUCCAAAGAUUCAAUUAUCAAAUAUAUUUUUCCGUAUUUGAUAUUGUGAUAAAUAAAAUGUGUUAAUGAACACAACCAAAACAUGACGUAGUUGUGUGAACAAAA